GGUCUUGUGAAAACCAGGAACAUUCACUUUCUAUUAAUCAUGUCGGCCCCCAAGAUAACUUUCUAUUUCGACAUUGGCAGUCCUUUUAGCUGUAUUGCCUUCCAUAUUCUGAGAGCAAGUCAAAACUUCUUUCGCUUCUUGAAAAACACGCCCCCGAUUGCAGUCAAGAACAAGUUCCAAUGGAUCAACCGGGAACGUAUCUAUUGGGCCCGCCGAUUCGACGUACCUAUGUCUGAAUCAAUCCCCGUCGGAUUCCCUGCAUCCACUACCGAUGUCCAGCUUUCUCUUUGUCUUCUUGCCAAAGAGAAGCCUGAUAAACUAGUUACUACUGUCGAAAAGAUCUACCGAGAGUACUGGGCAGAAGGGAACUCGCAAGUUUUGAUUCCAGAUGGCUUCUCUGCUAUCUUCGAGGAGCAUCUUGGCACAGAACUCGCAAAUUACAUUCUGCGAAAGGCCAAAACUCCCGAGGCGAAAGCAAUGUUGGAUGACACUACACAGAAGGCGUUUAAAUCUGGAGCUUUCGGGCUGCCUUGGCUCAAUUGCGUCCAUCCGGAGGGAGAGACUGAAAAUUUCUGGGGUAUCGACCACUUUGGUCGACUUGUGGACUUUUUGAGCCUGGAUCGCAGCUUGGACAAGUCUUUUGGGGUCUUGAUGUGA